CACUCAUCACUCCUAUACCUCUCUCUCUAACUCUCACUCAUACAAACAAGAGAAGAAGAAGAAGAAAAAAACAGAGCUUAACAAUGGCUGCCUCACUACAAGCAGCUGCCACCCUUAUGCAGCCAUCCAAGGUUGCCUCCUUCCAGUCUCGAACCACCGCCGUCCCGCUCAGAAACUCUCAAACCCUCUCCAAGACCUUCGGACUCGAAUCUAGUUCGUCCAGAAUUACUCUUUCUCUCCAAUCCGAUCUCAAGGAAUUCACCCAAAAGUGCACUGAUGCUGCCAAGAUCGCCGGAUUCGCUCUCGCCACGUCAGCCCUCGUCGUUUCGGGAGCCGGAGCAGAAGGAGUACCGAAAAGACUAACAUUCGAUGAAAUUCAAAGCAAGACAUACCUAGAAGUAAAGGGAACAGGAACAGCUAACCAAUGUCCAACCAUUGAUGGAGGGGUCGAUUCAUUUUCCUUCAAAGCAGGCAAAUACCAAAUGAAGAAGUUCUGUUUAGAACCGACAUCUUUCACAGUCAAAGCCGAGGGAAUUGCUAAAAACUCCCCAGCAGAGUUUCAAAACACGAAGCUCAUGACCCGUUUGACCUACACCCUCGAUGAGAUCGAGGGUCCUCUCGAGGUCUCCCCCGAUGGAACCGUCAAGUUCGAGGAGAAAGAUGGGAUCGACUAUGCUGCAGUCACAGUUCAGCUUCCUGGUGGGGAACGAGUUCCAUUCUUGUUCACUGUCAAACAAUUAGUUGCAACCGGAAAACCAGAAAGCUUCGGAGGAGACUUUUUGGUGCCUUCGUACAGAGGUUCUUCAUUCUUGGACCCAAAGGGUAGGGGUGGUUCUACCGGUUAUGAUAAUGCGGUUGCUUUGCCUGCGGGAGGGAGAGGAGAUGAGGAGGAACUGAGUAAGGAGAAUGUGAAGAAUGUUGCAUCUUCAAAGGGAAAGAUUACUCUGAGUGUUACCAAGAGUAAGCCCGAGAGUGGAGAAGUAAUUGGUGUGUUUGAGAGCAUUCAACCUUCUGAUACUGAUUUGGGUGCUAAAGUUCCAAAGGAUGUCAAGAUUCAAGGUGUUUGGUAUGCUCAGAUUGAAUCAUAGAUUAUAAUUAUGUCAUCAUUCCCCUCCAAGUUUUAAUUUUGUGAUCAAAUCCAAUCCAAUCUUUAUAUUGACCUCCUUGGAGAAGUGAAUUGAAUGUAUUCUCAUUUUCAUUGUAUAAUAUCAAGUCUUGUCUUAAAAAACAACUACUAUCAUGA